AUGGUUGCUUCUGCAUUGGUGAUGAUUUCCUUCUUGGCGACCUUCCAAGCAACUUUCGCUCAGGACGCGGCCAGCGGAAAGACCGAUCCAUCCUCGACCCCUCCUCCCGCACCAGCGGGUGUUUCUAAUUCGACAGGCGAUGCAUCAAGCGCGUUGGCUGAUGGGGCCACCAAAGCCGCGACUGAUGGUGCCUCUGCUGUGGCCAACGUAACAGGUGCAGCAAUCAACGGUGCCCAAACUACCGUCUCCAAUCUAACCACGCCCCAGGUUGAUGAUCAGAGCUGCGGGAGCUCUUCCAAAAAUAUCAAUGCUUGUUUGAAACAAGUCGGAAAGGACGUUUCUUCCUGCCCUCAAACCGACGACGCCUGUCUGUGCCAAACCUACGCCAACCUGGCGAGCUGUUACAACGGCUGCCCGAGCCUCAGUGCCCAGGGAGACCAGUACAAGUCACAGUCGGCUCAACAUUGCAGUAUGCCCGGUGUCUCCGAGAAAAUCAAAACUGCUGCCGAGAAAAACUCCACAGCCAUGGCUACGCCUCACAACACGAUGGAUAACGGCAGCAGCGGCUCCAACGGGACGCCAAAGAUGUCUGCCAAGUCGGCAGCCUUGGGAAGAGUGGAAUUUUCCACUUUAGGAUUCUUGACUACAUUUUCCUCCGCCUUAUUUGUACUCCUCGCAUGA